AUGGGAAAAGACUAUACACCACUAGUUGCUACCAUCGAUAUUGGUACUACCUCCACCAGAGCUAUUCUUUUUGACUACCACGGUCAGGAAGUGGCCAAGCACCAGAUCGAGUACUCUACCUCUGCUCAGGAUGAUAUCAAAAGAAAGCGUUCUCAGAUCAUCUCUUCCGAAGGUAUUUCCCUGACAGUUUCUGACGACUUGGAAGUUGAGUCCGUUGACAAUAAGGCUGGUCCAACUUUGCAAUUUCCUCAGCCAGGCUGGGUUGAAUGUCGUCCAAGUCACAUCUUGGCCAACGCCGUUCAGUGUCUUGCUGCUUGUUUAGUCACCAUGGAGAACAAGAACUUGGACCGAGAUGAAAAAAAUAAAUACAAGCUCAUAUCUAUCGGUGUUGCCAACAUGAGAGAGACCACGGUUGUUUGGUCCAAGAAGACAGGAAAGCCUCUUUACAACGGUAUUGUGUGGAACGAUACCAGAAACAACGAUAUUGUUGACGAGUACACCGCCAAGUACUCUGAGAAGGAGAGAGAGGAAAUGCGAACCUUGUGUGGUUGUCCAAUCUCCACCUACUUUUCUGCAACCAAGUUCAGAUGGUUACUGAAGCAUGUUCCUGAGGUCAAACAGGCCUAUGACAAUGCUGAUGGGGAUCUAAUGUUUGGUACUAUUGACUCUUGGUUGAUUUACCACUUGACUAACGAAAAAUCCCACGUCACUGAUGUUACCAAUGCCUCCAGAACCAACUUCAUGAACAUUGAAACCAACAAAUAUGACGACAGACUUUUGAAAUUCUGGGACGUCGAUACUUCCAAAGUCAUCCUUCCAGAAAUCAGAUCUUCCGCAGAAGUCUACGGACACUUCAAGGUCCCACACUUGGAGUCUAUUGGAUAUGUUGAGUCUUACCUUACUGAUGACGCCCUUGCUCUUCUGGAAACUAUUGAAGGUGCUCCUUUGGCUGGAUGUCUGGGUGACCAAUCUGCCUCUUUGGUUGGACAGUUGGCUGUCAGAAAGGGUGAUGCCAAAUGUACAUAUGGUACCGGUGCUUUCUUGCUGUACAACACUGGUGAUCAGACUUUGAUUUCUGAGCACGGUGCUUUGACCACUGUGGGAUAUUGGUUCCCAGGUUUGGAUGAGUCCGAAGAUGGCAAACACUCUUCUAAGCCACAGUAUGCUUUGGAGGGAUCGAUUGCUGUCGCUGGAUCUGUCGUGCAAUGGUUAAGAGAUAACCUUCGUUUGAUUUCCAAGGCUCAGGACGUCGGACCAUUGGCUUCUCAAGUUGACAACUCUGGAGGUGUGGUAUUUGUUCCAGCAUUUUCAGGAUUGUUUGCCCCUUACUGGGAUUCCAACUCCAGAGGAACCAUUUUCGGUCUGACCCAAUACACCUCAGCUUCUCAUAUUGCUAGAGCUGCUUUGGAAGGUGUCUGUUUCCAAACUAGAGCCAUUUUGAAGGCCAUGAUCAGCGAUGCAGGAGCUUCUGCUGACUUUUUGGAGGAAUCAUCCAAGGCCACUGGCCACAACCCUCUGUCAGUUCUUGCCGUGGACGGAGGUAUGUCCAAAUCAGACGAGAUGAUGCAGAUCCAAGCUGAUAUUUUGGGUCCAUGUGUCACUGUUAGACGUUCCAUCAACCCUGAAUGUACUGCACUGGGAGCUGCCAUUGCUGCCGGUUUUGGUGUCCCUAAGGAAGAUAGAAUUUGGGGUUCCUUGAAGGAAUGUACCGAGGCCAUUCUUGAGGGUAACAAGAUGUACUUGGCUGCAGGGAACACUUCUUUGGACUUCAAGGCCACAUUGAGCGACGAGGUCAGAAGAAAGGAAUGGAGAUUGUGGGAAAAUGCCAUUGCAAAGGCAAAGGGCUGGCUUAAGGACACUGCUUAA